CUUACACACAAAGGAUAACAUUGGUAUGCCUUUACGUCUUUUAGCCUACGAGCUCUUACGAAGAAAAUAACUAAUGGGCAUAUCUCGUAGCUUGCGAGGAGGUUAUGACCGCCCUUGUAGAAUGUCACGCUAGGGGGUUCCUCUGGAAGUCAAUGGGCAUGUGCAACGAUGCCAAACAUCAAGUUACCCUAUGCCUCCGAGCCGAGCGACUAAAACGUACCGCAAAGAAUCGAGAAGUUGCUAAGGCUAAGCGUGACAAGAUUAAGUCGGCAUGGGCUGAUAUCGACGAGAACUCGUAACGAAUAUAUGGCGAAACCUACUAGUCCCCUGUAUUAUAGCGAGGACAUGUCAAGGGUAUUCUUGAGUUUGGCAUGGCAUGGCAUGGCAUGGCGUUAUAAAAAGGGUUAUAGCAUUUUGGCUUGGUUUACGCCAGCAGGUUGGUCUUUUCGCAAGAGGAUACUUGGAUGGUGUUUACACUCUACUCUGAUCACGGUUCCA